CAUGUGGGAAUGUGGGACUUUGGAAGAGUUUCCAAGUGGAUUGGAGAAUCUAGUUUCAUUGGAAGAAUUGGCUUUUUCAAAGUGUAAGAAGUUCAAAAACUUAUGAGAAGGGUUUGGAAGCUUGACAUGCUUGAAGAAACUAUUUAUGUGGGAAUGUGAAGCUUUAGAAGAGUUUCCAAGUGGAUUGGAGAAUUUGGUUUCAUUGGAAGAAUUGGCUUUUAUUAAGUGUAGGAAUUUAAAAAACUUACAAGAAGGGAUUGAAAGCUUGACAUGCUUGAAGAAGCUCUUUAUGUUGGAAUGUGACGCUUUGGAAGAGUUUCCAAGUAGAUUUGAGAAUUUGAUUUCAUUAGAAGAAUUAGACUUCUCAAUGUGUAGGAAGUUGAAAAACUUACGAGAAGGGUUUGGAAGCUUGAUAUGCUUGAAGAAGCUAUGCAUGUGGGACUGUGAGGCUUUGGAAGAAUUUUCAAGUGGAUUGAAGAAUUUGGUUUCAUUGAAAGAAUUGGAUUUCUCAAAAUGUAGGAAGUUGAUAAACUUACGAGAAGGAUUUGGAAGCUUGACAUACUUGAAGAAGCUAUACAUGUGGGAAUGUGAGGCUUUGGAAGAGUUUCCAAGUGGAUUGAAGAAUUUGGUUUUAUUGGAAGAAUUAAAUUUCUCAAAAUGUAGGAAGCUGAGAAACUUACUAGAAGGUUUUCAAAGCUUGACAUGUUUGAAGAGGUUAAUUAUGCGAGAAUGUGAAGCUUUGGAAGAGUUUCCAAGUGGAUUGAAGAAUUUGAUUUCAUUAGAAGAAUUGGAUUUUUCAAAGUAUAGGAAGUUGACAAACUUACGAGAAGGUUUUCAAAGCUUGACCUGUUUGAAGAAGCUAUACAUGUGGGAAUGUGAGGCUUUGAAAGAGUUUCCAAGUGGAUUGAAGAAUUUGAUUUCAUUGGAAGAAUUAAAUUUCUCAAAAUGUAGGAAGUUGACAAAAUUACGAGAAGGAUUUGGAAGCUUAACAUGCUUAGAGAAGCUAUACAUGUGGGACUGUGAGGCUUUGGAAGAGUUUCCAAGUGGAUUGAAGAAUUUAUUUUCAUUGGAAGAGUUGGAUUUCUCAAAAUAUAGGAAGUUGACAAACUUACGAGAAGGAUUUGAAAGCUUGACAUGCUUGAAGAAGCUAUACAUGUGGAAUUGUGAGGCUUUGGAAGAAUUUCCAAGUGGAUUGGAGAAUUUGGUUUCAUUGGAAGAAUUAAUCUUCUCAAAAUGUAGGAAGUUGAGAAACUUACUAGAAGGAUUUGGAAGCUUGACAUGCUUGAAGAAGUUAUACAUGUGGGAAUGUGAGGCUUUGGAAGAGUUUUCAAGUAGAUUGAAGAAUUUGAUUUCAUUAGAAGAAUUAAAUUUCUCAAAGUGUAAGAAGUUGAUAAACUUACAAGAAGGUUUUCAAAGCUUGACCUAUUUGAAGAGGUUAAUUAUGGAAGAAAGUGAGGCUUUGGAAGAAUUUCCAAGUGGAUUGGAGAAUUUGGUUUCAUUGGAAGAAUUAAAUUUCUCAAAAUAUAAGAAGUUGACAAACUUACGAGAAGGAUUUGGAAGCUUGACAUGUUUGAAGAGAUUAAUUAUGCAAGAAUGUGAGGCUUUGGAAGAGUUUUCAAGUGGAUUGGAGAAUUUGGUUUCAUUGGAAGAAUUGGAUUUCUCAAAGUGUAGGAAGUUGAGUAAGUUGCCGAAAGGAUUUGAAAGCUUGACAUGUUUGAAGAAGUUAAACAUGUGGGAAUGUGAGGCUUUGGAUGAGUUUCCAAAUGGAUUGGAGAAUUUGGUUUCAUUGGAAGAAUUGAAUUUCUCAAUGUGUAAGAAGUUGAAGAAGUUGCCGGAAGGAUUUGGAAGCUUGACAUGUUUGAAGAAGCUAUAUAUGUGGGAAUGUGAGGCUUUGGAAGAGUUUCCAAGUGGAUUGAAGAAUUUGGUUCUAUUGGAAGAAUUAGAUUUUUCAACAUGUAGGAAGUUGAAAAACUUACAAGAAGGAUUUAGAAGCUUGACAUGUUUGAAGAAGCUAUACAUGUGGGGAUGUGAGGCUUUGGAAGAGUUUCCAAGUGGAUUGAAGAAUUUGAUUUCAUUAGAAGAAUUAAAUUUCUCAAAAUAUAAGAAGUUGAUAAACUUACAAGAAGGUUUUCAAAGCUUGACUUGUUUGAAGAGGUUAAUUAUGGAAGAAUGUGAGGCUUUGGAAGAGUUUCCAAGUGGAUUGGAGAAUUUGAUUUUAUUGGAAGAAUUAAAUUUCUCAAAAUGUAAGAAAUUGACAAACUUACGAGAAGGAUUUGGAAGCUUGACAUGCUUGAAAAAGCUAUAUAUGUGGGAAUGUGAGGCUUUGAAAGAGUUUUCAAGUGGAUUGAAGAAUUUAGUUUUAUUAGAAGAAUUAAAUUUCUCAAAAUGUAGGAAGUUGAGAAAUUUACAAGAAGGAUUUCGAAGCUUGACAUGUUUGAAGAGGUUAAUUAUGCAAGAAUGUGAGGCUUUGGAAGAGUUUCCAAGUGGAUUGGAGUAUUUGGUUUCAUUGGAAGAAUUGGAUUUUUCAAAGUGUAGGAAGUUGAGAAAGUUACCGGAGGGAUUUGAACGCUUGACCUGUUUGAAGAGGUUAAUUAUGGAAGAAUGUGAGGCUUUGGAAGAGUUUCCAAGUGGAUUGGAGAACUUGGUUUCAUUGGAAGAAUUAAAUUUUUCAAAAUGUAAGAAGUUGACAAAUUUACGAGAAGGACUUGGAAGCUUGACAUGUUUGAAGAAGCUAUACAUGUGGAAAUGUGAGGCUUUGGAAGAGUUUCCAAGUGGAUUGAAGAAUUUGGUUCUAUUAGAAGAAUUGGAUUUUUCAACAUGUAGGAAGUUGAAAAACUUACAAGAAGGAUUUGGAAGCUUGACAUGCUUGAAGAAGCUAUACAUGCAGGAAUGUGAGGCUUUGGAAGAGUUUCCAAGUGGAUUGAAGAAUUUGGUUUUAUUGGAAGAAUUGGAUUUUUCAACAUGUAGAAAGUUUAAAAACUUACGAGAAGGAUUUGGAAGCUUGACAUGCUUGAAGAAGCUAUACAUGUGGGAAUGUGAGGCUCUGGAAGAGUUUCCAAGUAGAUUGAAGAAUUUGGUUCUAUUGGAAGAAUUGGAUUUUUCAACAUGUAAGAAGUUGAAAAACUUACGAGAAGGAUUUGGAAGCUUGACAUGUUUGAAGAAGCUAUACAUGUGGGAAUGUGAGGCUCUGGAAGAGUUUCCAAGUGGAUUGAAGAAUUUGGUUCUAUUGGAAGAAUUGGAUUUUUCAACAUGUAAGAAGUUGAAAAACUUACAAGAAGGAUUUGGAAGCUUGGCAUGCUUGAAGAAGCUAUAUAUGUGGGAAUGUGAGGCUUUGGAAGAGUUUCCAAGUGGAUUGAAGAAUUUGGUUUUAUUGGAAGAAUUGAAUUUUUCAACAUGUAGAAAGUUAAAAACUUACGAGAAGGAUUUGGAAGAUUGACAUGUUUGAAGAGAUUAAUUAUGGAAGAAUGUGAGGCUUUGGAAGAGUUUCCAAGUGGAUUGAAGAAUUUGGUUUUAUUGGAGGAAUUAAAUUUCUCAAAAUGUAGGAAGUUGAGAAACUUACGAGAAGGAUUUGGAAGCUUGACAUGCUUGAAGAAGCUAUACAUGUGGGAAUGUGAGGCUUUGGAAGAGUUUCCAAGUGGAUUGAAGAAUUUGAUUUCAUUAGAAGAAUUUAAUUUCUCAAAAUGUAGGAAGCUGAGAAACUUACUAGAAGGUUUUCAAAGCUUGACAUGUUUGAAGAGGUUAAUUAUGCGAGAAUGUGAAGCUUUGGAAGAGUUUCCAAGUGGAUUGAAGAAUUUGAUUUCAUUAGAAGAAUUUAAUUUCUCAAAAUGUAGGAAGCUGAGAAACUUACUAGAAGGUUUUCAAAGCUUGACAUGUUUGAAGAGGUUAAUUAUGCGAGAAUGUGAAGCUUUGGAAGAGUUUCCAAGUGGAUUGAAGAAUUUGAUUUCAUUAGAAGAAUUGGAUUUUUCAAAGUAUAGGAAGUUGACAAACUUACGAGAAGGUUUUCAAAGCUUGACCUGUUUGAAGAAGCUAUACAUGUGGGAAUGUGAGGCUUUGAAAGAGUUUCCAAGUGGAUUGAAGAAUUUGAUUUCAUUGGAAGAAUUAAAUUUCUCAAAAUGUAGGAAGUUGACAAAAUUACGAGAAGGAUUUGGAAGCUUAACAUGCUUAGAGAAGCUAUACAUGUGGGACUGUGAGACUUUGGAAGAGUUUCCAAGUGGAUUGAAGAAUUUGAUUUCAUUAGAAGAAUUAGACUUUUCAAUGUGUAGGAAGUUAAAAAUCUUGGAGGAAGGAUUUGGAAGCUUAA